UCCACAGAAGAAGUGAUGCUUCGCCGAUCAGAUGUGGAAAAAGAUAUGCGAUUUCUAGGAUUGUUCCUGUUCGCAAAUGCAGUAAAGUCGGACUCUGCUGGUGUCAUCCGACAGUUUCAGGAUGCGUCUAUUUUGCCUCAGAUUAUCACGGGUGAUAACAUUUACGCUGCUGGCAGUGUCGCGGCACGAUGUGGCUUCUUUGAUGGUGAGUCUGAGCAAGACCUAAGCACCCAGGUGGACCAACUAAUGAUCCAAGAUGCCGACACCUUCUGCGAUAAACAACAUCAACUUGAUGUUUUGGCAAUUGAUGUGGUAAAUUCUAGUGAUGGAGGUAAACAACCGAGCACGACUAGUACGAGAGACGCAGCCUGUGGAGGUCGAGGUGCAGACGACUCGUUCGACACUGUUUUU